GUGGGCAGGGUAGGGGGGUUCUGCCCAUCCUCGCCCCGCGGGGACUCCUGGCCUCGGGACUGGGGCUCGUGGGAACGGCGCGAGGCUUUUCCCGGUCAUCGUUCGCCCGGGACCAUUAGUCACGGACCGUCUCUGCGCGGAAACUGAGUGGGGCCAUCUGGUGGUUGCACUGCGGCAGCUGCUGCACUGCAGGGACGGGCAGUGUGGGGACCCCAAACCCCUCUCCCAGCUGUGUGGGACUCAUCCUCGAUGCCGGGCAAGCUGCAGAGGAGCAGAAGGGGGGUGCUAGGUGCAAAGCGGUGGCAGAGCCUGGAGGAGAGGAGCAGCAGCGCAGCCGCCCAGCUGGGGCACCCCGUGCUUGCCAGGUCCAAAACUUACGACCCCUCCUUCUGUAAGGGGACAGAGCAGGCAGCAGCGGCCACGCAGGGACCCCCAUCCCCAUGGCUGAGCAAGCAUGCUGCCAGCUAUCACAAAGCCUUUGGGGAGCUCGCGGAGCAUGAAGAGCUGCUGGCCUGCUUCUCCUGUGCCUGGCAGAGAGAGAUGCCCUACCAUGGCCGCCUGUAUAUCUCCUCCCACUACGUCUGCUUCCACUCCAGCCUCCUCCUCAAGGACAUCAAGGCUGUGGUCCCCGUUGCCUCCAUCUCAUCCCUCAAGAAGACCAACACUGUGCUCCUGGUGCCCAACGCGCUCAGCAUCCGCACGGCUGAGGGGGAGAAGUUCCUCUUUGUGUCACUGCGCCAGCGGGAGGCCACGUACCAGCUCCUGAAGUCGGUCUGCAAGCACCUGCAGGACAAUGGCUGGAGCCCCCUGGCCUCUCAGAGGGCUGAGGAAAUGUUUAGGAAGCCUCUGACCUCAAGCCGGUCAGACCUGGAGCAGAGCACCCCGGAGCCCGACAGCUUCCAGGAGCUGCUGGCGCUGGGGAGAGCAGGAUCAGCUCCUUGCAGCCACAUGUGCCCUCCUGGCUCCCCAGAACCCCCAGUCUCCUCCUGGGCCCUCAUCAAACAUCUGUUUGCAUGCAGAUGGACCAAGCCCAACACCAAGGCAAGGGGAGGAGGAGAAUGGAGAGGCAGCAGCGCUGGCUCUGAGAAGCGAGACACCCCCCAACAUGCUAUGGGCUUGGACCCCUGCGCUGAUCAUCCCCCUCAACACCAUCAUCCUCAUCUACCUGCUGCUGAUGGUGGCCCUGCUGCUGUCCUCAGGGUACAUCGGUCUGCGCGUGGUGGAGCUGGAGCAGCAGCUGGUGGCCAUGGGGGCUUUGCCAAACCUCAACUUGUCACAACAGUGAGCGGUGGGGCUGGGACCCCCUCACCCUGCAUCCACCCCCCAUGUACAAGAAGAUGUGAAGCUGGCAAGGACCUAGCUGUCACCAGGCUCGGUGGCAGCCCAGGCACAGAGUCAGGGGCUGCUCAGGGCUGCUCAGAGCUCUUCAUCUGCUUCUUGGGGAAUGAAGUGGGGCUGGGGCUCCAUCGCUGGGUGCCUUCCAGCCCCCCAGACUGCCUGGGGAACCCACCUAAGCUGUGGGGCUCCAUCCUGCUUCCUCGGUGUCUCCCAGUACCAGGAGCUGCAGGGGCAGUGAAAAGGGCACGGGGGCUGGCUGGGCUCCUGUGCCCACCACCCUUCCUGCCCAGGGGGCAGAGGUGGCCCAGCGCUGGGCAUGGCAGGGACAAAGGGACAGAAUUAUUUUGUUAAUAAAGAUGUGACCCCUCGGGGUCUCGCUGGGCACGGUGCCCUGUCCCUGAGGACACACAACUGUCUUAUUCCUUGGGACAAGUGGAGAGAGGCUGUGAGGUCCCCAACCACCAGAGAGGAUUCGGGGGGCUGGGGUGAUCCCCACCCAGCAGCACCCGCAGAACAGGGUGAGCACCAACCUGUGCCCCUACUCUACACCCCUCCUCCAACCUC